AGGCGCUUCACUCAGAUUGGAGGGAGGCGGCUUGCGAGGGGAGGACGCGGGGCGAGCGGGGCAGGAUGGAAGCUGCUGCGGAGCCUGGAAACCUGGCCGGCGUCCAGCACAUCGUCCUUGUCCUCUCAGGAAAGGGGGGCGUCGGGAAGAGCACCAUCUCCACGGAGCUGGCACUGGCCCUGCGCCACGCGGGCAAGAAGGUGGGGAUCCUGGACGUGGACCUGUGCGGCCCCAGCGUCCCCCGCAUGCUCCGGGUGCAGGGCAGGGCGGUGCACCAGGGCGACAGUGGCUGGGUGCCCGUCUUUGUGGACCGGGAGCAGAGCAUCUCCCUCAUGUCUGUGGGCUUCCUGCUGGAGCAGCCAGACGAGGCUGUGGUGUGGAGAGGCCCCAAGAAGAAUGCACUGAUAAAGCAGUUUGUGUCUGAUGUGGCCUGGGGGCAGCUGGACUACCUGGUUGUGGACACGCCCCCGGGGACCUCUGAUGAGCACAUGGCCGUGGUGGACGCCCUGCGCCCCUACAGCCCCCUGGGGGCCCUCGUGGUCACCACGCCUCAGGCGGUGUCCGUGGGGGACGUGAGGCGGGAGCUGACCUUCUGCAGGAAGGUGGGGCUGCGGGUGAUCGGGCUUGUGGAGAACAUGAGCGGCUUCGUCUGCCCCCACUGCUCGGAGUGCACCAACAUCUUCUCCAGGGGAGGCGGCGAGGAGCUGGCGAGACAUGCCGGCGUCCCCUUCCUGGGCUCGGUGCCCCUGGACCCCGAACUCACGCGGAGCCUGGAGGACGGCCGGGACUUCAUCCAGGACUUUCCCGACAGCCCCGCCUUCCCCGCGCUCUCCUCCAUCGCCCAGAAGAUUCUCAGCCAGACGCCCGCGGGGCUCUCCUGACCGAGGCGGGCUGAGCGCUCCUGUGCGCUGUGGGGCUGGAGGUCUGGAGCAGGGGCCCGGCCAGGCCCUGUGUGCCACUCUCCCCACGGGGCCCGCCCUGGACAUUUGCGGAGCUUUGGCAGCCUCUCGGCUGAGCCGUCGACAGUGAGUGGCUCCACCCGGUCACCCAGGGAUGGCGUGGGCUCCCCGCGCCAUGGCCUGCCCUGCCUGCUGGCGCAGGUCUGUACCCCUGUGGCCCAGAGAGACAGCUGCUCCCGACAGCCAAGUCUCCACGUUGUUCACGCACCACAGAGCUGGUGCGUCUGGAAGCUUGCCUGGCCCGCUGGCCCAGAAUCCCAGUGAAGGAGGUGACACCCAGUAAGGGGUCAAACUUAUAACUCCGAGGAGCUGAAAUAAACGCAUCGCACAGCCGUGUUUA